AUGGUGCGCACUUAUACUUACAACAAUUCACCUGGUCUUCCUUGGAUCGUGCAAAAAUUUGGUGGUACCAGUAUUGGUAAAUUUUUGGAUAACAUUGCCAAUGAAGUGAUCAAAGAGUAUGUCAAACAAAAUCGUUUGGUCGUUGUUUGCUCUGCAAGAAGUGGAAAGGACAAGCAAACUGGUACUACAAACAGACUUAUCCGUGCUGCCAAUGAUGCUCUGAAGCCUGGAUCCAAGGAGUAUUUGGACAUUGUUGCCGCUCUUUUGGAAGAUCAUCUUGCAGUGGCUGUAGAAAUGAUCCACAAUGAUGAAAUUAGACAAGAAUUAGAGGAUGAUAUCAGAACAGAUUGUGAAAAGCUCAAAUCUUUCUUGGAAGCUGCUCAAAUCAUCAACGAAAUCUCUCCUAGGUCCAAGGAUAUCAUCAUUGGUGUUGGUGAAAAGCUGUCUUGUAGAAUUGUUGCGGCUGUGUUGCAGGAUAGAGAUGUGGAUGCUCAAUUUGUGUCGCUCGAGAACAUCAUUGAUCGUGAUUUCGAAAAGCUGGAUCAAGAAUUUUACGAUUACCUCUCCAAGAAGAUGGCUCAAGCUGUCGAGCAAUGUGGUAACAAGGUUCCUGUCGUUACUGGUUUCUUUGGUAUUGUCCCUGGUAGUUUGUUGACUUCAGUCGGUCGUGGUUACACCGAUCUCUGUGCUGCUCUUACUGCUGUCGGUUUAUCUGCCGAAGAACUUCAGAUCUGGAAGGAGGUCGAUGGUAUCUUUACAGCAGAUCCUCGCAAGGUCAAGAGUGCCCGCCUCUUGCCUAUCAUUACACCCGAAGAAGCCUCUGAAUUGACCUAUUACGGCUCUGAAGUCAUCCACCCUUUCACCAUGGAACAAGUCAUCCGUUCUCAUAUUCCUAUCCGCAUCAAAAAUGUAGAGAAUCCUCGCGGACAAGGUACCAUCAUUUUCCCUACUGAUAUCGUAACCAAGGAUGGUACUGCUACCCCACCUCACUCACCCAAGGUGCUGGCUGAGAACGGUUACUCUAUCGAUUUAUCUCGCAAAUACCCUACAGCUGUUACCAUCAAGGAUCAUGUUAUUGUUCUUAACGUCCACUCAAAUCGCAAGAGUGUCAGUCAUGGUUUCUUUGCAAAAAUCUUCUCUACUUUGGAUCGCUAUGGUGUGGUGGUGGAUCUUAUCUCUACAUCUGAAGUCCACGUCUCCAUGGCCCUUGGUGAAGACAACCUCGACAAGGAUUUAGACCAUGUCAUUGCUGAUUUGCGUGCUGUUGGAAGAGUUGAUGUUAUCAAGGAUUUGGCUAUCCUCUCUCUUGUUGGUAAGCAAAUGAAAAACAUGGUGGGUAUUGCUGGUAUGAUGUUUAGUACCUUGGCCUCUGCUGGUGUGAACAUCGAAAUGAUCUCUCAAGGUUCUUCAGAGAUCAACAUUUCUUGCGUUAUUGAUGAACGUAGCGCUAUCACAGCCAUGAAUGUUAUCCAUGACCAGUUAUUAAGUAAACGUGGUAAACUCGUGUUGCCAUCUGUUAGAUUAGCAUUAGAGUAA